CCUCGGGACUUACUCCCUCGAGAGAACCCGUGUGCGCGCGCCGGGAAAACACCGCCGCUACUCUGUCUCUCUCUCUCUCUCUCUUUCUCCCUCUCUCUCUCUCUCUCUGAUCUCACUCUAUCUAUCUCCCGCACACGCAGUCGUUCGUCGUCUAUCCGCUCGUAUAAAGGACACGCGGAUCUGUGAGCUUGGACUUGCGGCGAGGAUGAGGAGCAGCUAGCUGGAGUGACAAGUGCAGCCGACUUUUCUGCCGACCGAUAAAGCUUCGCUUUUCCUCGAGGGAGUGUGUGACAAGCCAACGAGGAUGCUCAAAUCUCUGCACCUGCUGUGCGUCCUCGGGACCGUGACGCUCCUCCGACCAGUCCAGAGCGGGGGAUUCUACAACGACUACGACAACGAGGUCUACGACUACUACCGGCAGGAGAGCAGCAACCAGGACAACGUGCAGCAACCGGCUGGGGGAGUUAACUAUGCCUGCAAAGAGGAGGGAUUCCACGAGGAUCCGAACGACUGUCGUACCUUCUACCGCUGCGUCGAUUGGGGCAACGGGAGCCCGCUGACGCCCUUCAAGUUCGAGUGCGGUGAAGGUACCGUGUUCUCCAAGUCCAAGGGCAACGUCUGCGUUCACCCCAACAGCAGCGGCAGACCCGAGUGCUGCGAGCCCAGCAACGAGAUCGACUCGAACGAGCCCGGCGCCGGAGGCGACGGCUGGGAUCAGCAACCCCAGCGCCCCGAGAAGCCCAGCUAUCCUCCGCAGCAGACCCAGAGACCUAGCUACCCCUCGCAGCAAACGCAAAGGCCCACUUAUCCGACUCAGCAGACCCAGAGGCCUAGCUAUCCCACUCAGCAGCCUGGUUACCCGCCGCAGCAGACGCAGCGGCCCAGCUAUCCCUCGGAGCAGACGCAGAGACCGACCUACCCUACUCAGCAGACGCAGAGGCCCACUUAUCCAACUCAACAGACGCAGAGGCCCUCCUAUCCGACUCAGCAGCCUGGUUACCCGCCGCAGCAGACGCAGAGGCCUCAACAGCCCACCUAUCCUCCUCAACAGACUCAGAGACCCGAGCAGCCGAGCACUCCGCCUCACCCACAGAGACCCGAGAAGCCCAGCACGGGAUGCGGCCAGGGUGGCGGAUCUGAGGGAUCCUGUGGCUCUUCUCCCGGAUGUUCGGAGGAAGGAUUCUUCGCCAACCCAGAGGACUGCCACAAGUUCUACCGGUGCGUCGACGAGGACGGCCGACUUCAGAGGCACGACUUCACUUGCGGCAGCGGUACGGCCUGGGACCAGGGCCUGCAGACGUGCAACCACGAGCACGAGGUGCCCAGUUGCGGAGGUGGUGGCUCGGGAUCUGGACCAGGUGGCCCGGGAUCGGAACCAGGCCAGGGAACAACCUCUAGACCCUGGACCACGCAGUCCGGUCAGCAGACUUCGAGGCAGCCGGGAUCCGGUGGAUCCGAAACCCAAAGACCGACCCAACCGCCAUACAUCCCUCCCUCAACCAAGCAGACCUAUCCUCCCCCGAGUCAGGGUACUCAGAGCCCGACGCAGAGACCCUAUCCAACCCAGCCAACGACCCAGACCUCCCAAAGUACCAAAGGCCCGGAGUACAUCCCACCUCAGAGGCCUUCGACGAGCGGACCACCUUCAGGGGGUGAUGGCGGUGUCACUCAAGCACCUGGCGGUGCUGGCUCGACUCAAGCCCCUGGCGGCGGUGGCGCGACUCAAGGUCCCGGCACUGGAGGUGAAACUCAAGCACCGGGAACCGGUGGAAAGCCCUGCCCUCCCACUGGCUCUGCGAGUGAUUGCACCGGAGAGGGAUUUUUCCCUAAUCCUGAAGAUUGCCACAAGUUUUAUCGAUGCGUCAACGAGGACGGUACGUUCCGCAAAUAUGAUUUCGAAUGUGGAACCGGCACCGCCUGGGAUCAGCAGCUGCAGACUUGCAAUUAUGAAGAUGCUGUCGGGUGUGGAUCUGGUGGUAGUCCAGGAGGCCAGCAACCAGGAGGUCAUCAGCCAGGAGGCCAGCAGCCAGGAGGCCAGCAGCCAGGAGGUCAGCAGCCGGGAGGCCAGCAGCCAGGAGGUCAGCAGCCAGGAGGUCAGCAACCAGGAGGCCAGCAACCAGGUGGUCAAGAACCCGGCACUGGUAGCAGUCCUGGAGGACAACAACCUGGUUCAGGAACUGGACCGGGAGGCGAACAACCGGGUGCUACACCUAGCACUACUACUACCGUAUCUAGUCAGCCUACGGGAACCACUCCGACGUUCACAACUCAGUCUCCUCAGACCACUCCCCAAGUAACUCAACCAGCCACUAAAGCCACCAAACAGCCCGAAGCUCCGAGCACAGCGGCGCCAACGCAACCAACAACUCAGCAGCCUACGCAGCAACCGCCAACGCAAGGACCACCAACACAAUCUACGCCGCAACAGCCCCCGCAGUCAACCUCUAGCCCAGGCACCGGUAGACCAGGACCACAGCAGCCAGGUAGCAGUGGUGCUUGCCAGAGCGAAGGAUUCUUUGCCAAUCCAAACGACUGCCGUAAGUUCUACAGGUGCGUCAGCAACCCACCAGGCUUUAUCAAAUACGACUUUGACUGUGGCCCCGGAACCGCUUGGGAUCAGUCUCUCUUGACCUGCAACCACAUUCACCUGGUUGCCUCGUGCAACGAGAUCGAACCCAACCAACCUCCGACCAGUGGAUCCGGGUCUACUCCAGGACCAUCCGGACCGUCGUCGACCCAGUCUCCUCCUGGAACUCAACCACCACCUGAGGAAAACAAGACCGAACCAUCCAAACCUACCCAAAUGACGACGACUAGUGGAGAAUCGAGCUCGGAAGGAUCGUCGACGACCGCGACAUCCACGGAGGGCUCCUCUUCUCCAUCAAGCAGCACGGAAGGUAGCUCCGAGGGUUCGAAACCAGACUGCAAUCCGCCGAAAAAGAACAACACGAUAGUUUGCAACACAGCGGGCUUCUAUCCUCACCCGAGCCGAUGUGACAAGUUCUAUCGGUGCGUGGACAACGGCAAGGGCUUCAACGUUUACUACUUUGACUGCCCGCCGGGCACGAUCUUCGAUCCGAGCAUCGAUGUCUGCAACUACCCUGAGUCUGUAUACCCGGCCCGAGACUGUGAUAACGCGGGAGACUCUCAAGGUGGCGCCCCAUCUCAGCCACCUGCUUCAUCGACUACUCAACCCUCUACGAGCUCGGAAGGCACGACAGCUGCGCCGAGCGCCACGACGCCAUCUACAGAGGGCACUACUGAAACCAGCUCAGAGGGAACAACCGAAACCCCCGGACAGGAGUCGACGACACCCGGAAGCACCGAAGCCACCACCAUCAGCUCUGAGGCUACGACGAUAAGCUCGGAAGGUACUACCUCCAGUUCCGAAGGCACGACCACCAGUCCCGAAGCGACCACGACACCUGCAGGAACGGAAGCCACCACGACCUCUUCGGAGACUGAGCCCACUACGACGGCCUCCUCGACAUCGAUGGAAACAACAACCACUGCCGGAACCGAGGCCACUACCACACCGCCAGAGAGCACCUCCCCUGAAGAGCAACAGUCGACUCCCAGCACGAUGCCUCAGGAAACGACGACCGAGCCGUCCCAGGAGUCCACGACCCCGGCCGGCGAGAAACCACCUUCGGUCGACAACUGCCCAACCUUGGCCAAUCUGACUGACGAGCAGAUCGUCCUGGUCUGUCCGACUGGAUUCAAGAGACACCCGAAACUCUGCAACCUGUUCUAUCAGUGCACCACCGCCGGCAUGGAGGUCAAGAUCCUAAUCCUGCAGUGUCCCGAGGGCACCAUCUUCGACGAGAAGGACAACAAGUGUCUCGCCGAGAGCGAGAGCAGCAUGCCCUGCACCGGCUCUAUCGCGGGAAAGAGAACGCAAAGACGAGCCGCCAAUGAUUCUCCAGCUUUGGUCGAGGUCUCGACGAAGCCGCUGUGUCCUGAGGAGGGUCACUUCCCGUACCGAGACGGCUGCAGCAACGUCUUCUACAAGUGCAAGAGGGACUCGCGCUACGCCCUUCAGGGCUACCUGUACAAGUGCCCGAAGGACUUCGUGUACUGGUCUGUGUCGAGGCGCUGCGAACGGGCCUCGAGACUGCCCAUGUGCACGAGCAUGUCCAAUGAAACCGAAAACGAGAACGAGGCCUGGGAGAACCGCUGGGAGAUACCGAUCGAGGACCGCAACGUCUCCGCCAGGUCGAUACUCUUCGACUGAACAAGCCAAGACCGAGCUGUGUUCAGAACCGAGGUGCAGUAGCCAUUUUCGUGUAUAGGAUGUCGACAUUUUUUUAAGAAGUAGAAAGAAGGUUUUUUUUUUACAGAAAUUCAAUAAAACUGCCAUAGUAGUGUAGGAUGAAUACAACGAUGCUUCAUGCAAAGAAAAAAAUGUAAAAAGUAAAUGAUAUACUGAAGAAAAUUUGAGAGGAAAGUAGGCGAGGUGAAUACGUAAGUGCCAAUGUGGUUUAUCAGUUCUAGUAAAAUUACGUUAGAUGUAAAGAAUCUCCAUUCGAUUUUCUGUUUUGUCGUUCUUGGGGUGUAGAGUGGCUAAAUUUGAGAAUAAGAAAAUCGAACGCGACGUUCUCGGGGCCAUGGGACAAGGGACUUAUUUGCAAUAUUCGUAGUAGCAAAAGACGUAUAUUAAUUUACGUUGCAAAAAAAUAGAAAUAUAUUAGCAAAAAAAUCUAUACGACGUCGUCGCAGAAUUAUUUAUUAUUAUGUCAGCGAUGCUUGUACGAAUGUGUAUAUGACAAAAAUCAUAAAAAAGUGUGUAUAUAUACAAGUAUAGUUAAGUAGAAAAAAAUACUUUUUUCUGAUAUAUUAAGCUUAAGUUGAACUUAAUUGUAACUACUGGAGUACAAACUUUUGUAAUUGAUCAACUUUGUACGCUCUCACUAACCACUAAAACUGUAAAACUUCUUUAUGUAAUAGUAACAGCAGUGAUCCAUGAAACCUUUACUAUAAGCAAGAUAUCUGCUUGAAAACGUUAGCUUUUAACCCCCAUAAAUGCUUUAGUGCCAAGAUAACACAUGCCAAUAUGCGUUUAAUGAUCUAAUUUAAGAUAGUUGAUAAUUAUAAUAUUAUAACCUUGUGUCUAAACAAAAUUUUGUAUCUUCGAGAUUUAAUAAAAUGAAAAAAUGACUUGACAAAAA